UGCCACUUGCGAUUUUGUUUUUUAUUGCGCACUCGAAAUUGUUUUGUUAUUUAGAGCUCGGCGAAGCUUGUGCUAACCAUAAUAAUGUCGGUAGCGAUUUCAGCUUAGUUAGUCGCUCGCCGCAUGCGUGUGUGUGCGGGCGUUGUGCAUUUUCCUCGAUUUUCCCCAUUUAAGCGCGUCCGUAUCUCUGUUUGUGUGUGUGUGUGUAAGGAGUGCAUAACUGCAAUUGCAAUUUCUGUUGCAUUUCUUAAGCAAAUGUGAUUUUAUUGAUCGCUUAAAAAUGUCACUAUUCGUGGAAUACACAGAACCGCAUUGGCGGAAUCUGGAUAUGCGGGCGCUGUCCGUGGACGAGGCCUACCUGUACCUGGCGUCGCACUUCCCGGAGCGCACAUACCUGUACACACUGUCCGACGAGUGCUACACGUGCCCAUACACCAAAGUGAAAGCUCUGCCCGCGGACGACGACGCCGAACCGUUACGUUUGAGCUCUGCAUAUGCGCUGAAUUUCAAAAUAUUCGAACACGAUCAGGGUCACUAUGCCUACGACAAUGUCUCCUCGCUGUGCUGGCUGCGUCGAACCGAUCUGCAGGAGUUUGGUGUCUACAACCUGACCCUGGAUGCCAAUGGAACCUGCUCCUUUGCCGUGGACAAACCGGGCGUGCCCAUUAAUUACGCAUUCCUGGCCGUCUUCGUUCUGGUUGCCGCCCUGCUAAUCUUGCUGAAGCUUGCUAGCUGCGCCUGGCGGUGUUAUCGCUAUGAUGAGGCCGCCGCUGCUGCGGACAGCAUUGGAGCUGCUGCCACCAAGGCUACGCAGCGAAAGCGCCUGCGCAGCCUGGACACGUUUCGAGGCCUCUCCAUUGUCCUAAUGAUCUUUGUGAAUAGCGGUGGCGGUGGUUAUACCUGGAUUGAGCAUGCUGCCUGGAACGGCCUGCAUUUGGCCGACCUCGUCUUCCCCUCUUUCCUCUGGAUCAUGGGCGUUUGCAUUCCACUUUCGGUCAAAUCGCAGCUCUCCCGAGGCAGCAGCAAGUCGAGGAUUUGCUUGCGCAUUCUGUGGCGCUCCAUUAAGCUAUUUGCCAUUGGCAUCUGCCUCAAUUCGAUGAGCGGCACAAAUCUAGAGCAGCUGCGUCUCAUGGGCGUGCUGCAGCGCUUUGGAGUAGCAUUCCUUGUGGUUGGAGUUCUUCACACGCUGUGCAGUCGCCGGGAGCCGAUAAGUCCGCAAAGCUCUUGGCAACGGGCCGUACACGAUGUCUGCCUCUUCAGUGGUGAGCUGGCGGUACUGCUGGCUCUGGUGGCCACCUAUUUGGGGCUGACCUUUGGUCUACGCGUGCCUGGCUGUCCGCGUGGUUAUCUGGGACCCGGUGGCAAGCACGAUCACAAUGCGAAUCCCAAUUGUAUUGGCGGAGCAGCAGGCUAUGUGGACCUCCAGGUGCUGGGACAGGCGCAUAUCUACCAGCAUCCAACGGCCAAGUAUGUCUACGACUCCACAGCCUUCGAUCCGGAGGGUAUUUUUGGCUGCAUUCUGAGCGUGGUGCAGGUGCUGCUGGGCGCCUUCGCUGGUCUGACCCUGCUGGUGCAUCCCACCUGGCAGUCACGCAUACGUCGCUGGCUGGUCCUUGCCAUCCUGCUGGGCCUCAUCGGUGGCGCUCUGUGCGGUUUCUCGCGAGAGGGUGGCGCCAUUCCCGUGAACAAGAAUCUCUGGUCGCUGUCCUUUGUCUGUGUCACCGCCAGCCUGGCCCUGGUGAUCCUGGCCCUGCUCUACUACUUUGUAGAUGUCCGGGAGACUUGGAGCUGGUCGGGCUAUCCCUUUACCGAAUGCGGCAUGAACGCCAUUGUGAUGUAUGUCGGCCAUUCGGUGAUGCAUAAAAUGCUACCUUGGCACUGGCGAAUUGGACCGAUGAACACACACUUUAUGCUUCUGCUGGAGGCCACAUGGAACACCCUGGUCUGGGUGGGCAUAGCCCUGUAUCUGGACGCCAGGGAGUUCUACUAUAGCUUAUAAUCGAACAGACAAGCAUAUAUGUAUAUCCAUUUGCCAAAUAAUUUAGCCUUUUGUAAAUACAUUCAUACAUAUAUUGUGAUUUCUACGGAUAUUUUACGAAUUUUCCAUCAAAGCACAAAACAACAUACACAACACACAAAUGAAACAAGAAAUAUUUAGUAUUUGUAACUUAAUUACGAAUUUUUCGUUGUAAGUGAAAGUAAAAUGUAAUAAAUAACAAUUUUUAGAAA